AAAAAAAGUUUAAGUGUUAAGUAUGCUUGUGAGGAAAAGUGCUAGUUGCCAGGAAUGUAAACUGAAUAGUUCAUCUAGUAGCUCGUCUUCGGAGAGCGAUACGCCUUUGAGAAGGUUCAACCGCAUACUCCGAUCUUCGGUGGCCCGCCACUGGUCGUACUUCAGAAAAGACCGACCAGGACUGCAGGUGCGCGGGCGCUCCGUCUCUGAUGCAGGAUUGUGUUCUAUCGUCGAUGACGAUCCAGAUUUGGACUACUUGGACAUAGUGCCGGCGCCCCGUCGAUCACUCCGGCCGGUCCCCACAUUCGAUGCUGCUAUCGAUCCCAUCAUACCCUCGCUGUUUAUAUCGUCGGCGGGAGGGUCCGGCAGUGCGGUCGGCGUCGAGGAGGCCAGCGACGGCAGUGACGCCGAGAGGCCGAGGCGCGGUCACCAUCUGCGCGUGCCCACACCUGCCUUUACUGGACAGUCAACCGGGAAUUUCCCUUCGGGCGCGGCGGGUGGCGGGUGCGGGGCCCCGCGCUCCGCUCCCGCCACCCCGCUGCAGCUCGAGCCUCACCCCCGCAAUAAACAUGACAAACAAGUCCUGAAGCCACUCUCAGGGUCUGCGCCGUCAGUGCGUGGCCCGGCCAUCAGCUCCGCCGGCGGAGAAACCGAGGGGAAGCAACCUAGCAAGGCCCGCCAGAAGAAAUUCCAGAGGCACUUCCCGCAGGUCGGCCCGGAGGAACGAGUGCUCAAUUAUUACUCCUGUGCUCUAGUGGGGGACUUGCUUCUACAAGGUCACCUGUACAUAACCAAGAAUUACUUCGCUUUCUAUUCCAAUGUCUUCGGGUAUGUUACCAAGCUCCUGAUACCAACAACGUCAGUCGUCCGUAUAACCAAGGAGAAAGUGGCCAGGAUCAUCCCCAAUGCGGUGGGCGUGUGCACCCGCGACGAGCGGCACGUGUUCGGCUCGCUGCUGUCCCGGGACUCCACCUACAAGCUGAUGAUGCACGUGUGGAAGGCGGCCCGCGGCCCGGAACUGGCGCAGCCUAAACCUCAGGAUCUCCCCGCAUCAGAAGUGGAGCUGGACGCGUCGGAGUACUCUCCAGAGGACGACAGCAGCUCGGGCGGCGCCGACCGCCGUGACGUCACCGCGCCGCCCGCCAGGAGGGAGUCGGAGGCCAUUAUUGCUACAGCGGGCGCGGCGGUAAUCCAACCGGCCUUACUAACAGGGAGUGCGCCGCCGAAGCCCCGGAGGCCGUGGCGGCUGUUGCUGCUGUGCUGUGCGGCAAUGCUCGCCUGCUCUGCCGCAUUCAUGGCCAGCAGACUGUACUUCGACAGCACGCAGCCUGAGGAUGACCUUAGCAAGUUGUCCGGAGAGGAGUUGUAUUCAGAAAUGGUCCGGUGGAGAACGAAGCUACACGGGCGGGCCGCGAACGAAUUACACGCGUUCCUGUCCACCAAUCUACUACUGCUCACAAAGGUCCGUCAGUCCCUAGAAGCGUUGUCAGGUGUGAUUCUAACCGAUAUGGCUCAAGGUGCUCAAGUUGAAAUACCAAACGAUACUGUUUUCAGUUAGCGCACACAACGCAACGUGCUGAGAAGAUUAGUAAGAUAUAAUCAAAGUUGUGCUGUGAUGGACGAUUCGUAAUUUUAGUUACUUCGAAAGCUAGAAAACUUAACCACUUAACAGUCGUGUAGUUUCACAGUAAACGGUAACGUAAAAGUAUAAUCUUAACAAAGUAAUUUUAAAACAGGUACUAUAAUACGCCUCAAAACUACCAAGGGGUAAAAAUGUGGUGUUGCCAGUCAAAGACAAAACUUCCAUUUCGGAAUGUUUUAGCCAAACACUAAUCCUAAGUUCAGAAUAAUUGUUUGAAACUAAACAUUACUUUAGGAGGAUUAUAAAAUUUCUCGGGCAAUUAUUAGAAUGGGAGUUCUUGUACCCAGUUAUAAAGUUGGUAACCAAAAUCUCUUGGACUGAUAUGAGUAAAUUGUAAAGGGGCGCUUAAAUUUUACAACGCGCGACCUUCGUUGCAAAACAUUUCGCAAAAGCAUUUUAAUUUUCAACAUAAAUAUUUAAGCGCAACUCGCUACGACAGUAUUGCAUUUAACCUUUUUCGUGUAAAUAUUUAACAUAAAGAUGUCUUGUUAUAAAUUUUGAUUGGAAAGCAAACCUAUAGUCUAAGGUAAUAUUAUACUUGUUAGCCAUUAUCAUUUACGGCAAUGGAUGCUAGCAUUUUAGCCAAUUUAGCUUAAUCGAGUAAGAAGCGAGUGAGAAACUGUGAUGCUGAGGGACAUAUACGACGUAUAACUCCUUACAAAUAAAAAAUACAUUUAAUCAUUUAAUUAAUGUUUUGGUAUAUUAGCAUUAUAUAUUUUUUACUUCACAAAAUAAUUAUGCAAAAUACAAACUUUAAGCCACCAAAGGCAUUUUUGUUUCAAGGAAAAUGAACGGAAAAUAUUGGAUUGACAUUCAAGUGGAUUUAUUUUAUAUGUUACAUGGAGUUAAAUAUCGUUAAUGUGAAUAACCUUGAGGCCAGUGAAUGUAUGUUUCGAGUUAGGAACGUUAUUAGUAAUCGAUUAAUAUCGAAAUGUUCUAAUAGCAUUGAUACAUUUUAGAUAUAAAUGUCCAAAGAGUUGGUAUCCAUUUGGUUUUUGAUGAAUGUGAAGUUUUUGUACAUAGGGGUAGUUGGUUCCAAACGUGUCUAAAAGGCAUGAUGUUAUAUUGUGUUAAACACAACGGUAGGAUAUUAAGGGAUGGGCCAAAGGACAGUACAUUGAUUUAAUGAAAAUUGCUUAAUCGCAGCAAUUUUUACGCAACGAUUUUUUUUAAAUACUUGUUUACGUACGUUAUGAUUUGUUUUUUUUUUUAUUAUCUUUGAUUAUAUGUCAGUCGGUCGAAAUUAAACACAUAUUAUUCUAUCCAAAAAUAUAAACGACUUGCAGUAUUACAAAGUCUAAAACCAAGAAGGUUUGUACUCUGUCAUGAUUUUUCUAUAUGUAAUUUUUUUAUGAACAGGCAUUAUUUGAGUUCGCGUGUUCAUCUUAUCUUUGUGUCCAAUCCCAGGUAUGAGGUCAACCGCACUCAAAUUAAUGCAUAUAAAAAAUACACAGCUAGUUAAGAUGUGAACAGUUUUUUUGUUUAUAUUUUAUUGUGACUGCAGAGUUUGUCCUUCACUGAAAGUUGUUCAUAUUCAUGGGUAGAAAUUUUUGUACUGACUUAAAUUGGUUAGAAGCAGUGGUGCUAAUCAUUUCCUUGUGGAUUUUUUAUGUUUUUAAUAUACUUCGAUCAAAAAAUAUCUUACAACUUACUUAAACGUAUAUUCGAUUUUCUUUUAUAUUUGACAGUAUUCAAAUAGUUGAUUGUUUAUUUUCUGAACCCAUUAGAUUCGUUUAAAGUUGUUAAUCUACAAUGAUUUAAAUCUUGAAAUAUAAUUUAUCUUUUGUUAAGUGUCUAAUAAAACUAUGUUAUCGUAAAGUAAUUUAUUUUGAUAAUUUUUAUUCUAGUCUUCGGCAAAGCUCAAUACUUGAUUGGACGGAAGUGCUUAAAGAUGAUGGUUUAUUUUGGCAGCAUUAUUAUUGGAAAACUUAAGUAUCUAAAACUUAUUAGAAUUCAAUUUAUUGUUAGUGGAUAUCAGAUGUUUGUGUGCAUUAUAACUAAUGAAUCUUGACAAUUUUGAGUUCAAAAGCACAUUUUAUCAUUGAUUUAUAUAAAAAAGGUUAGAUAAAACGAUGCCAGCUAGGGAAGUAUUGCUACAAUGCUAGAAUCUGAAAUCUUAGUCUUAAAGACUAUUGGAAAUAAUUAAAAUAUAACUUCUGUCUAAGGCUAGAAAUAGUCCCGAGUAGAUAUCAGAAAAUUGACUUAAUUUCUGCAAUAACAUUUUUAAAUAGUUUCAUUUAUAAACGUUGUUACUCAGGCCUAAUUUGUCAGUUACCGCCUGUGCCAAAGUAUCAAAUAUUUUGUUUAAACAAUAACACCUCUUUUCUUUGUUAAUUUACCUGCUGGAAAUGUGAAAAAUUAACCUGCUGCUGGAAAUGUGGAGUAAUUCUUAUGACUUUUUUUGUAAUGCCACAUUAAUUUCAGUCAUAAGUACUAAUUUAUGUAAUUAUUAAUAUUGCCAAAGAUUAAAUAAUAUGCCGUAUUUAUUUUAAUUCGAGAACAAUUAUGGAGAGUUUAAUAAUAAUAAUCUACGAAAUAAUGUUUUCAGUAAAAAUAAAUACAGUACAUUUUAGUUGUAAGACUUCAAGUGUAGCUAGAAAUAGUCAGUUUGUACAAUAGACAAGUAUGUAGUUAGGGGUAUAUAGUUAUUUUUUAUUUUGUGACUGUACCGAAUUUUAUAUUAUGUUGUAUGUUAAUAUGUUGCCAGUGUUUUUGCACGUGGUACCAGUGAGAAUGUUUUUGUUUUAUUUUAUAGUUUAAGCCACAAAUAAUUUGAGUAUGAGAUAGGUGUACUUUUGGUAACCGUAGUAAAUAUAAAAUAAGCAAGGGACAAGGCAAAACGCGACGCAAUAUUUUAAUAGAGCAACUCAAAAUUAAACUGUAUUUACUACAUAAAAAAAUACAUCAUUGCGCGAAGGUCAGGAGUCGCUUUAUUAAAAUUGAGUCGCGUCACUUCGGUGUGUAUUGCUCAAUGUCAACGAAUAUUAAAA